UUUGCUUUCGAAAAGCAUCAGCAGAGGGCACAGAAGCUUAGCUGAGCUGUCAGAGACUUCGCGCUUUCACAACCACAAAUAAGCCGCCACAAUGAAAGUCUCCGCGCCCUACACUACCAGCGCCGUGUUGAUGAUAGCCACCCUCGCAUUGCUGUUUGUGUCAGUUUUCGCUGCCCCUAUGGAAUCAGAGGAAGAGCAAUCAGAAAAUUCUUUGGUCCGUGCGGAUAACGACGGAGGCCUGUCAGCCCCCUGGGACGCCAUCGACGCCGCGGCACUACGCAAGCUCCUCAUGCAACUCGACGCUGAAGACAGGAUGAGCCGCGUGAGCCGCUCGUGGCCACAGGCGGAGCCGCGCGGCUGGGGCCUGCGGACGCUGGACGGGCGGCUGGCGCGCCCCUGGCGGGCCGACAAGCGCCAGGUGCGCUUCCGCCAGUGCUACUUCAACCCCAUCUCGUGCUUCCGCAAGUGAACGCCUCGACGACCCCAGCUCACUCCACAAUAGCGGAUUGUUUUCGUUCAGCUAGUCAGGACUGCAAUUGAUUCCUCAACCUUGUUCUUCAAUAAACUUAGUGCUUGGUUAUUUUCUACUUAUUGAAACUAGCAAUAAUCAUGCGACAGUUCAACAAUUUCAAUUCGCAACACAAAGAUCUCUUAUUUUAUAAUCGGUAAUUAAGUUUCUUAUACCAAUAUGUGUAUUAAUUGUGUAAAUAAAUUGACUUAAAACUCUACCCAAGAAAUUUUCUCUACUCAACCUCAUGAAAGACUUCUCUCGCUUAACAAUUAAAGUAUUUGUGUAGGGUUUAAAUUAUGAUAAUAAGUAAUAUUACUCAANAAUAGUAAGUAAUCUUACUCUACGACACGUACAUAUUUGUAUAGACCUAAUUAGACUCACGGUUAGUUAUUAUAGAGUUUCACGCUAUACUUUCACUUAUAUUCAAUACAAUUUUCCAGUUCAAGAAGUUCAUUUUUGUUACACGAAUUAACUAUUUAACUGCCUUAUAAGUAUUUUUAAUUUUAAUAUCAGUUUCUGUAAGUACUAAAAGAAAAGAAAAUAUUUUAUUAAUCUAAUGUUAUGUAUAACUAGCACACAUCCUAGAAAAUGUAGUAAAAUAUAUUAUAAUAAACGUCGUAAAGUAUUAUCAUACCAUAAUACCUAAAAAAUAGAUGAUGAUAUGGAUUGUCAUUAUAGAUAAGCGUU